UGCGAUUAACACCGACUCGCCAAAUCCCCCCCACGCCCGCUUCCCCUCCCCGGGCCAUUUGGGGCAUGCACGCGCCCGCGCCCCAUGUUUACACGGCGGCGCCUCCGCGCGGAGCCUUUCCGUGGAUGGCGCUGGCAGAUGAGCCGGGGGAGGUGGGGGCUCCGCGCCGCGCAGCGCCCGCCGCCGGCUAUAAAAGCCUCCGGGCCCGCGGGCGGCAGCGAUAAGCGAGCGGCCGCGGACCGACGGAGGAUGGAAGGCGGCUGCCCCGGCCCGCUCUCGGCAGCGCUGCCCCCGCAGGGCUAUUCGCCCCUCUCCUCCUCCCGGUGCGGGGGGCGGCCCGGUCCUGCACUGACGGGCCUGCCCUCGUCCCGCGGCCCUGCGCCCUUCUGGAGACCGUGGGUGCCCGCGCCGGGUGAGGCGGCCCGGCGGAGUCCCGGCCCCGCCGCGCCUCACAGCCCCGGCGGGCUGGCGGAAGCCUCCCGAAAGCUGGCGCAGUACACGCACCCCGUCAGACUAUUUUGGCCCAAAUCAAGGUGCUAUGAUUACUUGUAUCAGGAAGCUGAAGCACUUCUGAAAAACUUCCCAGUUCAGGCUACAAUUUCCUUUUAUGAAGACUCGGAUAGUGAAGAUGAUGAAGAUCAACUGGAACAAGAUUCAAGAACAGAAUCAGAUUGCUGACUGCAGGGAAGACUAAUGCUACUUCUAAGACUUAAUUUAAACUUAAUAUAAAUAUGUAUUAUAGUAUUUUUAAAGAUAAUUUAUUUCUAUGUAAGUUAUUCUUAAUAAAACUGAG